AACUCCCACCCGCAAAAUCACUGUCCAGGUCCUUGGACCAGGUGUGAUAUCCAACUUCACACCCAAAACUCCAUCUAACACUCCAAAAAUUACCCCAAUUGUUUCUCCCUGUAACAUGUUGACGACUGCAUACUAGUUUACAAUUACACCACUGGCGGUGGCUUCAUCACAUGGAAGAUGCACUCAAUUUCUCCUCUUCCGUAUCACUCUAGUGUGUGCCGUCCUUGUUGCUUAUCGUGUUCCCCUUCCUAACAACCUGCUACAGCCAGUCACUUUCAUCAGUUUUAAUAAUAAGAUCAAUAGUUCGGAACUGGAGAUUGACGGUAAAAUUAUGUCGAAAGCUAAAGUUUACACUGAUGUUAAUGUGCUUCGACCUAGAGAAUAUUGGGAUUAUGAAGCCCUUACUGUACAAUGGGGUGAUCAGGAUGACUAUGAGGUUGUUCGGAAAGUUGGAAGAGGAAAAUAUAGUGAAGUUUUUGAAGGUAUAAAUGUUAACAGCAAUGAGAAGUGCAUAAUCAAGAUCCUGAAACCUGUUAAGAAGAAAAAGAUCAAGAGAGAGAUCAAAAUCUUGCAGAACCUCUGUGGCGGACCAAACGUUGUCAAACUCCUUGAUAUUGUCCGAGACGAGCACUCAAAAACACCAAGCUUAAUUUUUGAGUAUGUGAACAGUACAGAUUUCAAAGUACUGUACCCAACGUUAACGGAUUAUGAUAUACGGUACUACAUAUAUGAGCUUCUCAAGGCACUAGACUAUUGUCAUUCGCAAGGAAUAAUGCAUAGAGAUGUCAAGCCACAUAAUGUUAUGAUAGACCACGAGUUGCGGAAGCUUCGCUUGAUAGACUGGGGUCUUGCUGAAUUUUACCAUCCAGGAAAGGAAUAUAAUGUUCGUGUGGCUUCAAGAUACUUCAAGGGCCCUGAACUUCUAGUUGACUUGCAAGACUAUGACUAUUCUUUGGACAUGUGGAGUCUUGGAUGCAUGUUUGCAGGAAUGAUCUUCCGCAAGGAACCUUUCUUCUAUGGCCAUGAUAACCAGGACCAGCUUGUCAAAAUUGCUAAGGUACUUGGAACGGAUGAGUUGAAUGCAUAUUUGCACAAGUAUCAACUAGAACUUGAUCCUCAGCUGGAGGCGAUGGUUGGGAGACACAGUAGGAAGCCAUGGUCCAAAUUUAUUAAUGGAGAUAAUCAGCAUUUAGUGUCACCAGAGGCUAUAGAUUUUCUUGACAAGCUUCUCCGUUAUGAUCAUCAGGAUAGACUUACAGCAAAAGAAGCAAUGGCCCAUCCUUAUUUCUUGCAAGUGAGGGCUGCAGAGAAUAGCAGGAUGAGGACACAAUAGCCUGUUCUAUUGAUCUUACUGUUGGAAAGAAGAAGCUUAUGGUGUAAUGUAGCAUAUGUUGUUAUCUUCAUCUAUUUCGAUUAAGGUGUGGAUAAGUUGAAUUCAAGAGUGGCAGAAGAACAUCAGGGAACAUUUGAGCAAUUGGUUUUCAUCUAUUUACCCCUCGUGGCCUUUUUCCCAAAGUUCGCUCUGAUGAUUAUGAAUUGACUUCAAUAGCCCUCGUCGUUCUGUAUCCAAAGUCAUCUUCAACGAGUGGAGUGUAUUAUUUGAGAAUUAACACUUCACUGAGAAUCUUUGUCAAGAUGUACAUUGCCUUGACCCUGGCGAUAUAUUCUAUGGAAAGGUGUGUUGCUUCAGGAUUCAA